AUGUUCCUUCGUCAACUCUUUAUUCAUAAAAAGCCCUUCAUUACCUCUUCUGCCACGCGUUCACUUGCAACCAAGGCUACGUUUGUUAAAUACAACUGGCAAGAUCCCCUUAAUCUCGAAAAGUUACUCACCGAAGACGAAGUAUUCGUUCGUGACGCUGCAAGAAGUUACUGCCAGGAACGUCUUUUACCUAGAGUCAUUCAAGCCUAUCGUAACGAAAAGUUCGAUAGAGAGAUCAUGAAUGAAAUGGGUGAGUUGGGUUUCUUGGGAUCCACCAUUGACGGUUAUGGCUGUGCUGGUGUAUCAUCAGUUGCUUAUGGUUUGACAGCCAGAGAGGUUGAAAGAGUUGAUUCUGGUUACAGAUCAGCCAUGUCUGUACAAUCCUCUUUAGUGAUGCAUCCUAUUAACGCCUAUGGCUCAAAGGAACAAAAAGACAAGUUCCUUCCAUCUCUAGCAAAGGGUGAGAAAGUUGGAUGCUUUGGUCUGACAGAACCCAAUCAUGGAUCUGAUCCUGGAAGUAUGGAAACAACAGCCAAGAAGGUUAAUGGACAUUAUGUCCUGAAUGGUUCCAAGACUUGGAUCACAAACUCACCUAUUGCCGAUGUCAUGGUUGUCUGGGCCAAGAACUUGGAUGAAGGAGGCGCCAUUCGAGGCUUUUUGCUUGAACGUGGUAUGCCCGGUUUAGAGACACCUGUGAUUCAUGGCAAGUUUUCUUUGCGUGCUUCGAUCACAGGCAUGAUCAUGAUGGAUAAUGUUGAAGUACCUGUUGAAAACAUGUUACCUAACGCCAAGGGUCUCGGCGGUCCCUUUGGAUGUCUGAAUAACGCUCGUUAUGGCAUUGCUUGGGGCGCCUUGGGUGCUGCAGAAGCUUGUCUGGAACAGGCUCGUAGUUAUACCUUGGAUCGUAAGCAGUUCGGUCGUCCCUUGGCUGCUAAUCAAUUGAUUCAAAAGAAGUUGGCUGAUGCUAAUACUGAAAUAGCCAUUGGCUUACAAGCAUGUGUUCAAGUCGGCCGCUUAAAGGACUCGGGCGAGCUCGCUCCUGAAAUGAUUUCAAUGAUCAAGAGAAAUUCUUGCGGCAAGGCUCUUCAGAUUGCCCGUGAGUGUCGUGAUAUGCUUGGUGGAAACGGUAUCUCUGACGAGUAUCAUAUCAUUCGUCAUGCUGCUAAUCUUGAAGCUGUUAAUACCUAUGAAGGUACCCACGACGUCCAUGCCUUGAUCCUUGGUAAAGCCAUUACUGGUAUUCCUGCUUUUGCUAAUUAG